AUGUACAAGAAUGCAGCAAGGCCUAAGGCUAUAUUCACUACUUGGCUGCUCAUGUGGGGAAGACUGUUAACAACUGAUAGAUUGCUUAAAUGGAGAAUGCAGAUUGAUUCAAAAUGUCCACUCUGUUGUAAGCAUGAGGAAAUCAAAGAACAUUUAUUUGUGCAUUGCGACUAUGCUAAGCAGAUAUGGAUCAAGAUGGAAAGCUGGACAACAGUACAACACUGUACAAUUUCUACUUGGGACCAACAUUUGGAUUGGAUGAUAGCAAAUUCUAAGGGGCACUCCCAAGGAGCUCAGAUUUUCAAAAUGGUGUAUUCCGAGACUAUCUACGCCAUUUGA